CUAGGAUCCUUCGGAAUUCCGUCGCGGGGGACGGCGAGCCCCACGAAAACUUGAGCCGUCUCGACGUCCCCGCGCGUCCCGCCUUUGGAGCAGCCGCCGCGAGCCGCGUGCCGGAAGGCGGAAGACCCCGGGAAGCGCGAGGGGAACCACAGGCGGCCUCGGACGCCCCCUCUGCGACGCGGGCAGCGUGCCUGAGGCGCGCGGGACAGCGGCGGCGGAGGAGGCCGGGAGAAGAUGCGGGGCUCAAGGCCCCGCGCCGCGAGACGCCGGCGGCCACCCGCGGGCGGCGGCGACACCCCCGGCCCUUGCACAUCCCUGGCCGGCUGCUGCUCCGCACCUCGCAGGGCCCCGCUCUGGACGUGCCUUCUCCUGUGCGCUGCGCUCCGGACCCUCCUGGCCAGCCCCAGCAACGAAGUGAACCUGUUGGAUUCACGCACUGUCAUGGGGGACCUCGGAUGGAUUGCUUUCCCAAAAAAUGGCUGGGAAGAAAUUGGUGAAGUGGAUGAAAACUACACCCCUAUCCACACAUAUCAAGUAUGCAAAGUUAUGGAACAGAAUCAGAACAACUGGCUUUUGACCAGUUGGAUCUCCAACGAAGGUGCUUCUAGAAUUUUCAUAGAACUCAAGUUCACCCUGCGGGACUGCAACAGCCUUCCAGGAGGCCUGGGAACCUGCAAAGAAACUUUCAAUAUGUAUUACUUUGAGUCCAAUGAUGAAAACGGGAGAAGCAUCAGGGAAAAUCAGUACAUCAAAAUUGAUACCAUUGCCGCUGAUGAGAGCUUUACAGAACUUGAUCUCGGUGACCGUGUCAUGAAGCUGAACACGGAGGUCAGAGAUGUGGGGCCGCUCACCAAAAAGGGCUUCUAUCUUGCUUUCCAAGACGUUGGUGCUUGCAUUGCUCUCGUUUCUGUGCGUGUGUACUAUAAAAAAUGCCCUUCAGUGGUGCGACACUUGGCUGUCUUCCCCGACACCAUCACUGGAGCAGAUUCUUCGCAGUUGCUGGAAGUGUCAGGCUCCUGUGUCAACCAUUCAGUGACAGAUGAACCUCCCAAGAUGCACUGCAGCGCGGAGGGGGAGUGGCUGGUGCCCAUCGGGAAGUGCAUGUGCAAGGCCGGAUAUGAAGAGAGGAAUGGCACCUGUCAAGUGUGCAGACCUGGGUUCUUCAAAGCCUCACCUCACAGCCAGAGCUGCAGCAAAUGUCCACCUCACAGUUACACCCAUGAGGAAGCAUCAACCUCUUGUGUCUGUGAAAAGGAUUAUUUCAGGAGGGAGUCUGAUCCACCCACAAUGGCAUGCACAAGACCCCCCUCUGCCCCUCGGAAUGCCAUCUCAAAUGUUAAUGAGACUAGUGUCUUUCUGGAAUGGAUUCCGCCUGCUGACACUGGUGGAAGGAAAGAUGUGUCCUAUUAUAUUGCAUGCAAGAAGUGCAACUCCCAUGCAGGUGUGUGUGAGGAGUGUGGCCGUCAUGUCAGGUACCUCCCCCAGCAAACCGGCCUGCAAAACACCUCUGUCAUGAUGGUGGAUCUGCUUGCUCACACAAACUAUACCUUUGAGAUUGAGGCAGUGAACGGAGUAUCCAACUUGAGCCCGGGAGCCCGGCAAUAUGUGUCUGUAAAUGUAACCACAAAUCAAGCAGCCCCUUCUCCAGUCACCAAUGUGAAAAAGGGCAAGAUCGCAAAAAACAGCAUAUCUUUGUCCUGGCAAGAGCCAGAUCGCCCCAAUGGAAUCAUCCUGGAAUAUGAAAUCAAAUAUUUUGAAAAGGACCAAGAAACCAGCUACACGAUUAUCAAAUCUAAAGAGACAAGCAUCACCGCAGAAGGCUUGAAGCCAGCCUCAGUGUAUGUCUUCCAAAUUCGAGCACGUACAGCAGCAGGCUAUGGUGUCUUCAGUCGAAGAUUCGAGUUUGAAACCGUCCCAGUGUCAGUUGCAGCAUCCAGCGAUCAAAGCCAGAUCCCUAUAAUUGCCGUGUCUGUGACCGUGGGAGUCCUUCUGCUGGCAGUGGUUAUCGGCUUCCUCCUCAGCGGAAGGCGGUGUGGCUACAGCAAAGCCAAGCAAGAUCCAGAAGAGGAAAAGAUGCAUUUUCAUAAUGGGCACAUUAAACUGCCUGGAGUAAGAACUUACAUUGACCCACAUACCUAUGAGGAUCCCAACCAGGCGGUCCAUGAGUUUGCCAAGGAGAUAGAAGCUUCAUGUAUAACCAUCGAAAGAGUAAUUGGAGCAGGUGAAUUUGGUGAAGUUUGUAGUGGACGUUUGAAACUACCAGGUAAAAGAGAACUACCUGUGGCUAUCAAAACGCUGAAAGUGGGCUAUACGGAGAAGCAGCGCAAAGAUUUCCUUGGCGAAGCAAGCAUCAUGGGGCAGUUUGAUCAUCCUAACAUCAUCCACUUAGAAGGUGUUGUGACCAAAAGUAAACCCGUGAUGAUUGUGACAGAGUAUAUGGAGAAUGGCUCUCUCGAUACAUUUUUAAAGAAGAACGAUGGGCAGUUCACUGUGAUCCAGCUUGUUGGCAUGCUGAGAGGCAUCGCUGCAGGCAUGAAGUACCUGUCUGACAUGGGCUACGUGCACCGGGACCUGGCUGCUAGAAACAUCUUAAUCAACAGUAACCUUGUAUGCAAAGUGUCUGACUUUGGACUUUCCAGGGUGCUGGAAGAUGAUCCGGAGGCAGCCUACACCACCAGGGGAGGCAAAAUCCCGAUCAGAUGGACUGCCCCCGAAGCGAUAGCUUUCCGGAAGUUUACCUCUGCCAGUGAUGUGUGGAGCUAUGGAAUAGUGAUGUGGGAAGUUGUGUCAUAUGGAGAGCGACCCUACUGGGAGAUGACAAACCAAGAUGUGAUUAAAGCAGUAGAGGAAGGCUACCGUCUGCCGAGCCCCAUGGACUGCCCUGCUGCUCUCUACCAACUAAUGCUGGAUUGCUGGCAGAAAGACCGGAACAGUCGGCCCAAAUUUGACGAAAUAGUCAACAUGCUGGACAAGCUGAUUCGGAACCCGAGUAGUCUGAAGACAUUGGUCAAUGCAUCAAGCAGAGUAUCUACUUUAUUGGCAGAACAUGUCCCAGUAGGAUGCGGGGCCUACAGAUCAGUAGGCGAAUGGCUAGAAGCAAUCAAGAUGGGCCGGUAUACAGAGAUUUUCAUGGAAAAUGGAUACAGUUCAAUGGACGCUGUGGCUCAGGUGACCUUGGAGGAUUUGAGACGGCUCGGCGUGACUCUUGCCGGUCACCAGAAGAAGAUCAUGAACAGCCUUCAAGAAAUGAAGGUGCAGCUGGUAACCGGGAUGGUGCCAUUGUAACGUCACGCUCAUGUCACUUCUGAAAGCGAAUAAGUCUGCACUUUGUAAACCACCCCAAGAUUUAUUUUAACACAUAAAAAAAUGGGGAAAAGGGAAAACAGUGAUUCUCGAACAUUCUGAGUUUUUCUCAGCCACGGUAUUUGUAAUCAGUGUUUUAAUACACUCUCGGGAUCUUCCUCUUGGUUUCUUCAUUCUUCAUGAAGCGACUAAAACCUGGAUAGGGUCAGAACAUGAGCUUAAACAUUAUGUUAUAGCAAGAAAAUCCUUCCCAUUUUGUACAUGAAAUGUAUGACUAUAUAGCACCUUUAUGGACUGAAUCAAGGCCGUCCCUUUCAAAACUUCCAGCGGUGUACUUGAAAGGAAAAAACAAUUUCACAGCCUUUCGUGGGCUGAACAAGCUGCAGUUCACUGAAGUUUACUUAAAGUCUUAACUGUCUACAAAAGUGUAUUGAAGAGCAAUAUGAUUCUUUAAUAGAUAUCUUCUUUUGUAAUUUAAAAAUGCUGUUACACAGCACUAAGUUAUAGAAAUCAGUGUAUAAAGAUGCCACUUGAUGGAGCAAGUAAAAACACAAUACAGGGUGUGUAUUUAUUUUUCUGUGUUAUCAGAUUUCUGUUUAGUUGCUCUUCUGGAGAUUACUGGCUAUCCAUGUAUAUAUACUGUCGAAUUUGCAAUAUAUACAGGUAUUGAAUUAAGUUGGAGUUGUACGUGUGUGUGUGCUUGCACUUACGUGCGCUACUAUUCUGCUUGCCUUUUAAGUAGUGUUUUAAGUUUAGACACAUAUAGGAACAAGUGUACAAAUCUGUAAUAUGAAUAGGAGAAAUAGGGAAGCAGUGAAGGAGAAGUUAGCACGAGCUUGUGUCUCUUUUUCCGCUCAUCUAUCCAACAACUCCUAAUCUCUGCGUUCACAGACAGAUGUCUGCAAGAGAAAAUCCCCUUUGACUUUUUCAACAGCUUCUGAACUCUGUGACAAUGCAGUUCUUCUAGCCAUUAAUCUUACACCCCUGUAAGAAAUUUCACCUUUCUGAAUCUGGAAAAGAGCUUGUCAGGCCAAGUUGAUGCUGAAGGGCACCCUGUCAGUGGGAUGUAGAAGGGUUUAACUGUGCAGAUGUCUGUAAAUGUUGUUAAAUCGAGGAACAUAGCAGGAAGCAUCAUCCUCAAGUAUUAAUCCUUUGUAUCCAUUCCCACUAUGGCUCAGUUUGAGAAAUGUUGAUGUUAGGGCAGUAGUGGGAUAGUUUUACUAUCCAGAAUGUUCUAUUUCA